ACAUAAUAAUAAUAUAAUAAUUAAUUCUGAAAUCCAUUCUAUAAAAUAAAAUUAUUUUACAAUUUAAUAUUUUUAUUCAACUGCAUUAUUAAAUAAACGUCAUUAGUAACUAAUUAAUUUUGUCUCGAAAUCAGAAUGUCCCGUCAAACAUCAAGGCUUGAUGCUAAGAAAGUUAACUCCGAACUUUUAACCCUUACAUACGGCGCCCUCGUCUCACAAAUGUUAAAAGAAAUGGAUAAUCCAGAUGACGUUAAUAAACAGUUAGAAAGAAUUGGUUAUAAUAUGGGAGUACGUUUAAUUGAAGAUUUUUUAGCUAGGACUGGAUCUAACAGGUGCAUGGAAAUGAGAGAGACAGCAGACAAAAUACAACAGGCGUUUCGACUUUACCUUAACAUGCAGCCAACAGUAACUAGCUGGAGUAGUUCUGGGGAUGAAUUUUCUUUAGUCUGGGACCAGUGCCCACUGAGUGAAUGGGUUGAGAUGCCAAAUAAUGGUCUUAAAUACUGUGCUCUUAUUCCUGGGGCUAUUAGAGGUGCAUUGCAAAUGGUUCAGCUUGAUGUUCAAUGCUGGUUUAUACAGGAUCAGUUAAAAGGAGAUGCAGUGACUGAGCUCCGAGUAAAAUAUAUCAAAAGACUGGAAGAUGCUGUACCAGCUGGAGAAGAUUAGUUAUUAUUAUUUAAGUUAUAAACUUGUAUUAUAUUGAAUUACUUUGUUAUUGGUAACAUUAUAUUUUAUGCUA